AUGACCGACUCGGCGGUUCCUACCUCAGCGUUGAGGGACACGGAAAAUAUUUCGAAUCGUCCCGAUCCCAAGGGACCAGAUCCUCUGACAGUGGCUAGUGGUUUCAAGCUGGGUUCACCGUUUCCCUCCCAGGCGGAAAACAGACAUCCCGCCUCUGAUUUUAGGGACGGCAAAGCUGAUGCUACGAAUGAGCGAGAUGUUGCAGAUGAUGCGCAAUCUAUAAAGGAGAAUGUUAAACAGGCCAAUGGAGGAGAUGGAAAGACUCGAUCAGAGAAAGCCAGUGGAUUGGAGGAGGCGUGGAAUAAUGGCCAGGGGGAACAACCAUUUUUGCCAAGUCUUCAGCGGUCAAAUGAAUCACCCGACAGCCCUCGACAGUCGCCAGACCAUACACAGCAUGAGUCCUCAACUCCCGGAGCGGCUGUUUCGCCGCGUCGUCCCAGCGUCCAGUUCACCCGCGAGACUUCUGAUAUCGAUCCCGCCCCGGAAGUAUCUGGGUCAAGACCCCCAUCUGUCCUGGGUGAUGAGCCGGACUCUGGACUGAAGGGGAAACAAUCGAUCUUCACCAAGCUCAAAUCUUUCGCUUCGCCCUCAUUUACCUCUCAUUCUCGUUCGGCUAGUGGGGCAACCAUUGGUGAUAUGAGACAGACCAACGCCGAUCUAGCAACGCCGGGUUCGGAACGAGGGGCCUUUCGUUUCCCCGAUACUUUGGAAGAGGAGGGAAGUGAUAUCGAUGCUGAUGCCGAGGAAAGCGCCGGAGAGCAACAUGUCAGUCAGCGCAGGAAGAAGAAGAAAAUUUCACGACGGCAGCAAGAGCCUCAGUCAGCACCUCAGACUGAACCAAACACACCGAAGACGAUAAGGAGACCGUCAUUCCACCUCCCAGCUUCGUUUGGUCCAUUUGAGAACUACCGCGCCAACCUCUUUGCGCGCAGAGUGAGCACCGGCGACUUCGCGCAGCAGCGGGAGGGUGUAUCAGAGGACGAGGGUCGAGAUCGCCUGAAUAGAGAUGCUUGGAGACGGAGAAUAGCCAACGCUCGUGCACUUACAUAUGGCGGUCGACAGGCGGAUAGCCAUGGGAAUCAGGAGGAGAGACGACCGAGCAAUUUCAAGCGUUUUACUGGGCUGGUUGGACCAUCUGAACAAACAGAAGGAAAUGCCCCACAUUGGAGGCGCCAUAGAGCUGAACGCGGCUCGAGUCUGAGCGCUCAGAAGUGGCGGCAGAUAAAGGCUGGGUUCAAGUUUAUGCGUCGCAAGCCUGAGAGCACAGUAGACCAUGCAAAGUCCGCCGAGCUACUAGCCGAGUUGACUUCAGGGGUGCCGGCCGCCUUGAUCUUGGCUAGCAUGUUUCAACGGGAUGAACACGGCAGCAAACGGAUCCCAAUCCUUCUGGAGCAGUUGAAAGUUCGGGUCACUGAUAGCAAGUUCGAACCUCAUUCCGGUGACCGUCACCUUGUAUUCAGAAUCGAGCUAGAAUACGGCAGCGGGAUGACGCGGAUGAAAUGGAUCAUCCACCGUACCCUUCGAGAUUUUGCGAAUCUGCAUCUGAAAUAUAAGCUUCACUUCGGAACGCAAAAGUACAUUCAGCUGCGAAACACCGAGGGCGGACAGAACCUUCCCCGUUUCCCUCGAAGCGCCUUUCCAUAUCUUCGAGGAGUCCGGGGCCUGGAAAGUGAGAUUGAAGACGAGGAAGACGAAGGCGGCUAUGAGACCGCCGCCGAAGCGACCAGCGGCAAUGAGAGGUCCGGUAGGAGAAAGCAGCAACAAGGGCAGCGCCGACUGUCAGGAGGUAUAUCCCGGAGACAGUCGAGCAUUACCAAUACUGAGGGCGAGGCCAAUGCUGGGCCUUCAGGUACGGCGGAACCUGGCCAGACGACGAAGAGGGAACCAUAUCCCGAGAGGCAGCGGAAGAAACUUGAAGCCUAUCUACAGAAGAUGAUUCGAUUCUUGAUUUUCAAGGCCGAUAGCAACCGUUUGUGUAAAUUCCUGGAACUCUCUGCCCUGGGUGUCCGCCUUGCGUCCGAAGGCAGCUAUCAUGGUAAAGAGGGAUACCUGAUUAUUCAGUCUUCCAAAGGCCUCGAUUUUCGAAGGGCGCUAACUCCAGCAAUGGUGAAGAAGCGGCAUUCACCAAAAUGGUUUCUUGUCCGACACAGCUACCUUGUUUGCGUUGACUCGCCGGAGGAGAUGAAUAUCUACGAUGUGUUCUUGGUCGACCCGUUUUUCAAAUUACAAACUCAAAAGAUCAGUUUACGACAUCAGAAAGCGAAAGAGCUUGCCAAAUCGGCUAAAGAGUCGGCCAGACACCCACAACAUCACACGCUGAGGCUGGAAAACUCGGAGCGUAAGCUCAGACUGCUGGCCAGGAAUGAGCGUCAGCUCCAUCAAUUCGAGGACUCUAUAAGGUUCAUGGUCAAUAGUACCCCAUGGGCGAAGCCGAACAGGUUUCAGAGCUUUGCCCCGGUGCGCCAGAACUGUUUUGCACAGUGGCUAGUCGAUGCGCGCGACCACAUGUGGAUGGUGUCGCGAGCGAUCAAUCAGGCCAAAGACGUCAUCUAUAUCCAUGACUGGUGGCUCAGUCCUGAACUGUACCUGCGACGGCCAGCAGCCAUCAGUCAGAAAUGGCGGCUGGAUCGACUUCUUCAACGCAAAGCUCGCGAAGGGGUCAAGAUAUUUGUGAUCAUGUAUCGGAAUAUCAACUCCGCUAUCCCUAUUGACUCGGAAUACUCCAAAUUCUCACUUCUCGACCUUCAUCCCAACGUCUUUGUACAGCGCUCUCCGAAUCAGUUCAGACAAAACACAUUUUUCUGGGCGCACCAUGAGAAAUUAUGCCUGAUCGACCACACCGUGGCUUUUGUUGGCGGAAUUGACCUUUGUUUCGGAAGAUGGGACACUCCGCAACAUCUGCUCACUGACGACAAGCCUACUGGCUUUGAGACGCCCGAUGGACCCAAGGACGCAGACCACUGCCAACUCUGGCCCGGUAAGGAUUACUCGAACCCGCGGAUUCAGGACUUUUACGAUCUGGACAAGCCGUACGAGGAGAUGUAUGACCGUAAUGUAAUUCCCAGGAUGCCGUGGCAUGACAUUUCGAUGCACGUCGUCGGUCAGCCCGCCCGGGAUCUCACGCGGCAUUUUGUGCAGCGCUGGAACUACAUCUUGCGUCAGCGGAAACCUACCAGACCUACACCUUUUCUUCUGCCUCCGCCUGACUUUGACCCUGCCGACUUGGAAGCUCUCGGCCUUGAUGGGACUUGCGAGGUGCAGAUCUUGCGCUCAAGCAGUAUGUGGUCAACGGGUACGCCGGAUGUCACCGAGCACAGCAUUAUGAAUGCCUACGUCAAACUGAUAGAGGAAUCGGACCAUUUUGUCUACAUCGAGAAUCAAUUCUUCAUCAGCACCUGCGAGAUAGACGGCAGGAAGAUUGAGAAUUUAAUUGGAGAUGCGUUGGUGGAGCGAAUCAUUCGAGCCUCCAAGAAUCAGGAGGCGUGGCGCGCCGUCAUCGUUAUCCCACUGAUGCCAGGCUUUCAGAAUACUGUGGACAGUGAGGGCGGAACCAGCGUUCGUCUCAUCAUGCAGUGUCAGUAUCGCAGCAUUUGCCGGGGGGAGACUUCGAUUUUUGGCAGACUGCGAGCGCUGGGCAUCGAUCCGGAAGAUUACAUUCAAUUUUUCAGUCUUCGGACGUGGGGCAAGAUCGGACCGCAAAAACAACUUGUCACUGAGCAGCUCUACAUCCAUGCCAAGUGCAUGGUUGUUGAUGAUCGGGCCGCCAUCAUUGGGUCUGCGAAUAUCAAUGAGAGAUCGAUGUUGGGUUCGCGAGACUCUGAGGUAGCAGCUGUCGUGCGUGAUACAGAUAUGAUAUGGUCCUCCAUGGAUGGGCGCCCGUAUCUUGUCGGACGGUUCCCGCAUACCCUGCGCAUGCGGUUGAUGAGAGAGCAUCUUGGCAUCGACGUUGACGAGCUAAUGGAGCACUCGAUAGCAACGGAAGAAGAACUGCGAAAGAUUCAGAUUGCGGAAGAAGGCACCAGAUCACCGGAGAACGCUGACAAGGCCGACUCUGAGUCCCUGAUGAUGGAGAGACAGGAUGAGAGGGAUAUGAUCGAGCGUCGGCAUCGGAUACAAGACGAGUUUCUCUCCAGAUCGGAAGACUUGCGCAGUUUCAACCACGAUGUAGACUGGGAACAAGAAAACAAUCCCAACCUCAAGUCGAACAGAAAGCUCACUGCUGAUCCAAGGGUGACUUCCAACGCGGAACAUAAGAAGGACGUUGAUGGGCUUGGUGUAGAUCACCUAAAUGUCGCUCUAGAAGCCGGGCUGGCCGAUGGUCGCGAUUCGCAAAUGCUCGAAGACACCGCUGAGUUUUUGGUCUCGCCUGUCGCUAGCGAGGGCAAAGGUACCAUCCGACAACCCAAGCCGGCGUCGAAGCGGAAGACGCAACCGGGCAGUCCCAUUGCUAGAGAGACAAGCCGCGAAUCACCCUCGGCUACGGCUCAUGAUGCCGAUCCAACACCAGUGAUUGAUGGAUUAGCAGCUGCCCGUCAUCCGGCUCUGCCAGGAACCAAUAGUGAGAACGACAAUGGCGUCCUGUCGCCGUCAUCAGAUAUAACCGACGCGGCGAAGUAUCCACACCCACUGAUCCCAGAUCUCAAGCACAUCUUCAUUGACAAGGACUGCAUGAGAGACCCUGUGAUCGACAUCUUCUACCUGGACACUUGGCAAGCCGUGGCGGAGAAGAACACAAAAAUCUAUCGGGCCGUCUUUCGUUGUAUGCCUGACAGCGAGGUCAAGUCGUGGAAAGAAUACAAGGAGUACGCCGCAUACGGAGAGCGAUUUUCGGAAAUGCAGAGUCAGCACAGCGUCAAGGUUUCUCAGCCAAGCCACCAAAAGCCUACGGGACCUCCCGGGACCAAUACCACCGCGGCUGGCGCUGGUAUACGGUCACUUGUUCCUCACUCGGGGUCGAGCAGCGAAGGCCACGCGACGGAACACAAGGGUCAUCAGGGCUCGGAUGAGAAGAGAGAGGCUCGUGUAGCCGAAGGUGGGCGCGAUGCAGCUGAUCGAAUGCAGUCCGACCUUGCGAAGCAAGAAACGUUAUCGUCAAUUGAUGAGAAGACUGCCUUGGAGGUAGCCGAAGUUAGAGGGGCGGGCCCUACACAGAGUGGACGCAGUGAAGACAGCGGCCCUACCAAGGAAGCCGUCGAGCAGCAGGAGCCGCAAGCUGUCGAUUAUUCUGAGGCUCUGAAUCGCAAUGCCACAACCCAGAACCGCCGCCGUCGGAGACGAGCAACAACACUUUCGAAGCGUGAAUUCCACGCGACCGAUGAUGUUAUGGACAAACAACAAGCAGAAGAGUUAUUGAAUAAGGUCCAGGGACAUCUCAUAAUGUGGCCUUAUGACUGGCUUGAGAAGGAAGAGCAGGGUGGAAACUGGCUCUACACGCUUGACCAGAUUUCCCCCUUGGAAAUAUACAAUUGA